AUGCCCAACGCAAAACCAAAAAUAGUCCUCUACUGGCACCGAACAGACCUCCGCCUCCACGACUCACCAGCCUUACAAGCCGCCCUAUCCCUAAACCCAACCACCUUCAUCCCAAUCUGGACCUGGGACCCACACUACGUCUACAAAUCCCGCGUCGGCCCAAAUAGAUGGUCCUUCCUCCUCGAGUCCCAAAAAACGCUCUCAAAUUCCUACAGCAAACUCAACCCCCGGCAGCAAUUAUGGCUCAUCCGUGAAGCGCCGCAGAGCAAGGAUGAGGAUGCUUAUGCGCGGGAGAGGGAUGGGGUGGUUGUUAAGCUUGCGGAGGAGGCGGGCGUGGAGGUUAUUGUUAAGAGUGGACGGACUUUGUUUGAUGUUGAUGAGAUUGUGAGGAAGAAUGGGGGGAAACCGACGAUGAGUAUGGCGCAGAUUCAGAAGGCUGUUGAGAAGAUUGGUAGCGGUGUGCCGGAGAGACCGAUUGAUGCGCCGACUAGUAUUCCCGAUCCGCUGACGCGGGAUGAGAUGGAUUUGAAGGGGGUGAAGCAUGACGGAGGAGGAGGAGGAGGAGGCAUGGGAUCCGAGUCCAACUCCGGGACGGAUAUGAACGCGGAUCAUCGCUCCACGACGGAUAAGCAGUAUGCAGGGAUAAUGGGACCGGGCAAUGAUUUUGGCGUCCCGACAUUAGAAGAAAUCGGCAUCAAUCCUGCCGAAGUGCAGACACCGCAUCGAGGAGGUGAAACUGUUGCUUUGGAACUCCUUGCCGGGUAUAUCGAGGAUGAGGAGUAUAUUGGACGAUUCGAGAAACCGAAUACAUCGCCCGCGGCAUUUGAGCCGCAGUCAACGACGUUGCUUUCGCCGCAUUUACAUUUCGGCACGUUGUCCGUGCGGAAGUUCUGGUGGGAUGUGCAGGAUGUCAUGGAGAGGCGGAAGAAGGAGAAGAAGAGUAAUGCUUCUAUUCCGACGAAUUUGCCGGGGCAAUUGCUCUUUCGCGAGAUGUAUUUUGCGGCUCAUGCGGCUGUUGGAGAGUCCUUCUGUCGGACUUAUGGUAAUCCUAUGGUGAGGUUUAUUGAUUGGCAUUUGCAGAGUAAGAGUCCUGAGGAUAUUGCGCAUGGGGAGGAAGGGGGGAAAUUGUAUGAGGUGGAUUCUGAUGAGGCUGAGGUGUGGUUUUUACGGUGGAAGGAGGGUAGGACUGGGUUUCCUUGGAUUGAUGCUUUGAUGAGACAGCUCAAGCAGGAAGGUUGGAUUCAUCAUUUGGGUCGACAUAGUGUGGCCUGCUUCCUGACGCGGGGAGGGUGUUAUGUGAGUUGGGAGCGAGGAGCUGAAGUAUUUGAGGAGAUGUUGAUCGACCACGAAACGGCGUGCAAUAUCGGCAACUGGAUGUGGCUCUCUUGCACGGCUUUCUUCUCCCAGUUCUACCGGUGUUACUCGCCCAUCGCCUUUGGCAAGAAGUGGGAUCCAGAGGGUAACCUGAUUCGGAGGUACUGUCCGGAGCUAGCGAAGUUUGAUAAGAAGUACAUCUACGAGCCGUGGAGGGCGCCAAUCGCUAAUCAGCGGAAAUGGGCGUGCAGGGUCACUGGUGAUGGCAGCAGUUCGACCAAUGAGGAUGGGAAGAUCUAUCCUAAGCCAAUGUUUGAUUUUGAUGAGCGACGGACGAUCUGCCUCGACGCUAUGAAAAACGCAUACCACGUUGGGCUGCAUGGGAAUGAUAAGGAGCUCAAGGAUGGAUCGUGGCGGAAGGCCUUUGGUCUGGAUGAAGAUGGAAAGAGGCCUAAAAAGAAGCAAAAGACGUAG